AUGUGCAUAUUACUGACUAUGUUCAAAGACACAAAAAAAAAAAUUUUGUGGCAUGCUAGUACCCCCGAUUGUGACUGCAACCUGUUUCAAGUCAGUUUCAGCAAUUGGAAGAAGGGCAUUACCCAAUAUGGUAUAUAUCCAAAAGUCAUUCAUAUGCAAGAUAUGGAACAAUAUAAAAUAUUUUUGGGUGCUUUCCCGGAACUUUUAACAGGUUCCUUGAGUAUUAAUGGAAAUUUCAAGAAGAAUAAGGAUCUAGAUUCAAAUGCAUUGUUAGAAUUCUUGCUGGAUUCCAAGGUUAGGUUUGAUUCUUUGCAAUUGUCAGACUUUGGGGAUCUAGGUACAUUUCCGUCCACGGCCACAACUAUUCUGCUAAUUGGCACUUCAUUGAAUAGAUAUGAAAUUCCUGGCGUGAAAAAGAUGACCAUAAAAUCCCAAAGUGAAGAAACCGAAACAUUCACUUUUUCUUCCGAUUUGGAGGAUUUGGAAAUUGUCGUACUGACUAGGUUGCUGUUGAUCUUACCUCAAAAUUUGCGUAAACUAAACAUCAAUACGUAUAUACUCUCGGUAGAUUUCAUGUCCGAAGAGAUGGCUAAUUUAGAGUAUUUGCGGCUUAAAUUGCUGUGUAUUGAAUCGUUUGAAGACACAAAAAUAAUUGCUCCAAAUUUGAAAAUAUUAGAGCUAGAUCGCUGUUUGGAAUUGUCUAAUUAUGAUGGUUUGCAACAAUUUCAAAAGUUGAGAUGUCUUGUAGUGAUAGAAGGCAAUUAUCCCGUUAGUUUGUUAAACGAAUGUCCUUUUCCUGAAUUAGAAACUUUUAAAUACCAUGGAGAUAGGUUCCCGAUUUUAGGAGGCCCUGACAAUAUUAAGCUUACUUUUCCUUCAAAUUUGAAAUCUUUAUCAAUCGAAUGUUUCGACUUUGUAAAUGCUGAAUUUAAUACUUUGGUACUUCCUACUACGUUGAAGCAUUUGCACCUUGCCAGUAUAUCUAUUAAAGAUGAAUAUUUACAUUUGGGUGAAAAUUUGCAAACUGUUCACAUCUAUACAUGGAGGCUUACAUUAGAAAGUAGUUUCAGAAUCCCUCAUAUGAUUGAGAAGUUCACAUUAUAUACACAUUAUCUAACUGUUGAAAGCCUCGAUUUUAUGUAUCAUUUGCCGAAUAGACUCGUUAAGUUACACUUGUUCGCAUACAAACAAAUAAAGAGGGACCCUUUUACCCAAAAAAUUAAAUGGCCCUUGGUCUUAGGUGAGCUUGAUCUAAGGGGUUUCCGCAUUGAUCAUCGCGCAUUAGAAUUAUUGAACUUAAAGGAAUCCAGACUUCAACAUAUAAAUAUUUCUGGAGGUGAUGUCAGGAAGUUGAAUGUUGAUUUAUUUCCAGUUAGUGUUGAGAUUUUAAUUUUGCUGUAUUUGAAAAUUCAUGAGUUACCUGAAUCUUUUGAAAGAUUGGAGAACUUACGCCGUUUGUCACUUAUGAGAAAUCAAUUGAGGAAAAUAAAACCUGUUAAAUUACCGGUAGCAUCAUUGAACCAUUUAGACCUAUUUCAGUGUAACAUUCGUUUGCUAUCACCGUUUUUGGUUUCAAUGUAUGAGGAAAAGAAUAGAAAUGCAGUCUUGAAAGUGUUUGCUCCGGGAAACAGGAAUGUAAAUGUAAUUGAUGCAAGGAGAGUCAUGAAGGAAUUUAAAGGGCUUUCAUUGGCACUCGCUGAUUUUGAUGAAACGUUGAAAGAAAUAUCCAAGCAUUCUUCUCGUUUGGAAUGUCUUUCUCACUCUGAUCCAUAUUUUGACAAAUCUGAAUUUUCCGGAACAGAAGAAGUCGUAUCCCACUAUGAUCCAGAAGAUCUUUACAAUGGAAGUGAAUUUAGUCUGGAUGAGGAAGAUAAUGGAAGUGGCAAUAAAUGA